UUUCCGUUCAACACUUCUUCACUCAUUUACGACACUUUGGAAAAUGCUGAGAGUUCCCACACGAACCACGUAUCGUCCUUUCUGUCCAAAAACCUCACAAACGUCCCAACAAAACACCACCGUCCUCAACACAAGCUAACACUGCUAGCCUGCUAACAAGCUAACGCUGGUAGUCACAGAGGACAUGCCUGUAGACAACAAGAUGGCGCCCUGACAUCCUUAUGCGGAACUGGAAGUUCUAAAAUGUCCAUUACGAGGGAUCUCCAUCGCUGGUAGAUGUAUUGUCGUAAGUCAGCUCGCCGAUGAUACAACUCUCUUUCUCAAAGACAGCUCACAAAUUCCAUUAGCAAUAAAUAUAAUUAAGUCUUUUUCCAGAGCAUCCGGUCUUUCAUUAAAUUUGAAAAAAUGUGAACUUCUCCCAAUUAAAUCCUGUGAUUCGGAUUCACUCUUUAAUAUUCCUGUAAAGACAUCAGUCACAUAUCUUGGUAAUAAUAUCAAAAACUGAAAAUGAUAGAGGUAAUACUAACUUUUUUCCAAUUAUUGCUAAAAUGAAAAAGAGGUUUAACCUCUGGCUCUUACGUGACCUUUCCAUUAAAGGUCGAAUUCUCCUCUCCAAGGUUGAAGGGCUCUCCAGAGUCAUUUAUGCCGCUCAGUCUCUUUAUGUCAGCAACAUCAUUAGCAAAACUGUUGAUAAACUGCUAUGCGACUUUGUUUGGAAAAACCGAACUCAUCAUAUAAGGAAAUUUGUUCUAAUGAAUGAUUAUUCUAGUGGGGGGCUGAACUUCCUGGAUUUCAGUACCUUAAAUAUGACUUUUAAAAUUAAUUGGAUAAGAAAGUUUUUGAAAAAUCCUAAUUCUCUGUGGAACUUCAUUCCCAAUUAUAUUUUCUACCAGGUUGGUGGCCUCGACUUUUUACUGCUCUGCUCAUACAAGCCCGACAAAGUGCCCAUCAAACUGUCUUCAUUCAUAAACACGUUACUUGCUUGGUCCAUGAUUUAUAAACAUAAUUUUUCUCCUCACAGGUUUUACAUUUGAAACAAUAGAUAUAUUCUUUACAAAAACAAAACUAUCUUUAUCCAACAGUGGUUUGAUAAUAAUAUCUGAUUAGUUAGUCAAUUAUUCAAUCAACAAGGUCAACUUUACUCUUACACAGAAUUCCUUCAGGUCUCCAAGAUCCCUGUUUCUGUGAAGGACUUUUCAGUUGUUUUUGAUGCCGUUUCCCUCAACCUCGCCUAUCUUUAUGAAGGAACUCCUACUCCAUCUGCUCCCCAACCACAGCUUCAUGUGACGGACACUGCUGUCGGAAAACUCUGCUUCUCUGCUUUGACAAAUCAAAACAAAGCCAUCCGAAGACUGUUCCAGCAGGAGCUAAAAACGGAAUCCCCGGCCAUAACUUUCUGGACUUCACUUCAUGGUCAAAUGUGUAGGGAAAAGGUUUGGCUUCUUCUUUCAAACAAAUAUCUUCUAAACAACAAAGUGAAAGAGGUUUCAUUCAAGAUCAUUCAUAGGUUUUAUCCAACAAAUCAGUAUAUGCAAAGGCUAAAAAGGGAUAUUGAUAAAAACUGUUCUUUCUGUUCUCAGUUUGAGGAAACAUUGGUGCAUUUCUUUUGGACAUGCAAGUACACUGAAAAAAUAUGGGACAAAUUAACAAACUUGAUAAAAACUCGAAUUUAUCCACAUUUUACAUUAACAUGGAAAAACAUCUUAUUUGGUUAUGUUAAUUAUGAUAUUACAUUUUUAUCUCAAUUUUAUUUAAUAAAUCUUCUGAUUUUAUUAACCAAGUAUUAUAUUCACAAAUCUAAAUUCAGCAAUAAAGCUCCCAAUUUUCUUGAUUUACUAGCCCAAGUUAGAUGUAACUUACAUUCCAUGUCCCCCAGUACAAACACAGAAGCAAUUAAAACGUAUCACCUUGCUCAGCUUUAUAAUUUAAUGUAAGUUUAUUUUCUUGCUUGUAUAUCCCUUGGCGUUUACUUUGAACAUUUGAUGUACAUUUUAUUGUUCCUUGUUCUUUUGCUGUAUGUCACCUUUGUUCUGAAUCCAUAAAAAAAGGAAGUCCUAAAAUACUUUUUUCAAACAAAAAAAAACUACUAAUUUAGCAGGAUCCUAAAAGUUCUUAUUUAUUUCUGUUUUGAGCUUUUAUUCUCGUCUCUGUAAAAACCUGGUAUGAUGAUGAUUAUAAUUUGUUACUUUGAUGACGUCAGAACUCAUAAAGUUUAGCCGAAUUUUGUUUCACCCCUUUAGAUUUCCUUUCUUUUUUUAUUCAUUUAUUUCCUGUUUAAACCGUUUCAAAAAUACGGCAAGCAUUUUGAACAGUAUUGAGAAUCAAUUAAGCCUUUUUUACGUUUCAUUUCUAAUAAAAUGUGUGCACGUGACCCGGAAGUUACAGCACGAGGCGCUGGUAGCGUUAACUUAUGUUCAGACGACGACGGCGGUGUUUGUGGGAGUUGGAGCUGAAGUUCGGUGGGAACGAUGUCUUCAGAACCUCAGGAAGGUUCUGUCAGCGAACAACUUUCUGCUGAAGAAAUCCUCCGACUCUGUGAAGAAACCAUCGUCCAGUACGAGGAGGAGCUCCGCCGUCAGCGCAGACUGCUGGAUGUCGUCAGGACACCGCAGCUUCACCUCCACCCUAUAGUCCUCCCGUGGCAUUAUGUGACUGAGGAGGAAUUCUCCAACCACGACAGGAACAUCAGAGGGGAACAGGGAGAACCAGAACCUCCACAGAUUAAAGAGGAACUGGAGGAACCAGAACCUCUACAGAUUAAAGAAGAACUGGAGGAACUAGAACCUCCACAUAUUAAAGAAGAGAUUGAAGAACUCUGCAUCAGCCGAGAUGAAGAACAGCUUGAUCUGAAGCAGGAGACUGAUAGCUUGAUGGAGAUUCCUUCUUAUGAGAUAAAUGAGAACAGUGAAGCAGAUCUAAGCAACCAGAAGAGCUUUGAUAGUCCAGAUGAAAACCCCACUUCAACUACAGAUGAGGAUAUAGACCCACAGAACAGUGAACAGAGGAUCCCAAGAGACUGUAAAAAAUGCGGUAAAAGUUUUGAUAACUUGUCUCAAUUUAAAUUUCACAUGAAAUUACAUAAGAAAGGGAAGCAUUUUGUUUGUGAAGUAUGUAAUAGAAGUUGUAGUAAAAUAGCUAAUCUUAUAACACACAUGAAAAGUCACACAGGAGAGAAGCCUUUUUCUUGUAAAGAGUGUGAUAAAAGUUUUAGUCGGAAUAUAAAUCUCCAAAUACACAUGAGAACUCACACAGGAGAGAAGCCUUAUUCUUGUAAAGAAUGUGAUAAAAGUUUUAGUCUCAAUUUGAAUCUCAAAACACACAUGAGAACUCAUACAGGAGAAAAGCCUUUUUGUUGUAUAGAAUGUAAAAGAAGUUAUAGGGAUUUAUCUAAUUUCAAAAAACACAUUAGAACUCACACAGGAGAAAAGCCCUUUUCUUGUAAUGAAUGUGACAAAAGUUUUAGUCGUAAAUCUCAUCUCAAAUUACACAUGAGAACUCAUACAGGAGAGAAACCUUUUCAUUGUAAAGAAUGUGAUACACAUUUUAGUCGCAUGGGUAAUCUCAAAACACACAUCAGAACUCAUACAGGAGAGAAGCCUUUUUCUUGUGAGGAAUGUGAUUCAAGUUUUACUGACACAUCUCGUCUAAAAAAACACAUGAGAAAACACACCGGAGAGAAGCCUUUUACUUGUAAAGAAUGUGAUAAAAGUUUUAGUGACACGUGUAAUCUGAAAAGACAUAUAAGAACUCAUACAGGAGAGAGGCCUUUUUCUUGUAAAUAAUGUAAUGUUUUUAUGUUUUAUCUAAGCUCAAAAAACACGAGAACUCUCACACACAAGACAAAAACGUAGUCCUUGUAAAGACUGAUAGAAGUUUAAGUUGAAUAUAUAUAUACUCUUAAUUUACUCAUGAGAACUCCUAAAGGAGAUGAGCCUUUUUCUUAGAAAGGCUUUUGUUUCUACUCCUAAUUUUAGGAAAGAUAAGAAAACUUACCAGAGAACCUCUGCAGUAAAAGACAUGAGAGGGAAAUAUGGUGAAACAGUAACUCUUUUCUUUUGAUCAAGUAAUAAACUAUAAUUUAAUACAGAACUUGUACCUAUAGAUUGAAUUUUUGUUUUAUUUUCAUAAUUUUAUCUGGGGGUAAAAUUUGUCUCAAAAAAUUAAAAUAUUUUGAAAAAAGUUUUUUUUGGUUGGUUGAAUAUCAUUAAUUAUUUUCUUUUUUUCUAUUAUUUGUUUUUAAAGUUGCUUAGUUGAUCAUAGUUAUGCUAGUUGUUUAAGUCUGUGUUACCAUGACAAAACUCAAAAUAUUUUGUAUACACCUCUAAUUCUAUCACUUUUUGUGUGAUUUGUGAACAUUUCAUUUUGUUUUAAACUAAAACUGACUGCAGUUCCUAUUUUCUUGAGUCGUGUUAGGAAGUUACCAUUUGUGAAGAAAAAAAAUGUUGCACUAAGGAGUCAAAUAAAGAACCAGAAUAGUG